AUGUCUGUUGUAUCAGAGGAAGCCCCAGUUUCAGUAUUACCUGAAGAAUCAACAACAAUGUUGCAAUCAUCAUCGGCAACAACAUCCAUUGUUACUGAGGAAGUACCAUCCACUACUACUUGCGAAAUAUCAGAUUCUACCACUGUUUCCAUUGAUAAUAUUCCAACAAGAACAACAGAAACAACAUCUUCUGAUUCCAAUAUAGUUGUGAUUAAUGUUGAAGGGGAAGGACCAGCCAAUUUUUUGCAAAGAGCAAUUGCAGUCGCUAAUAAGGUUUACAUUUAUGGAGGGGAAAAUUCUAGUGGAUUUUGGACGAACAGCCUUACAAUACUUGAAGGAGAAUCAAAUAAGCGUAUCUCAUGGAAGAAGCCAAGAUGUUUUGAUUUCCCUCCUAAAACAGACAGUCAUUCCUUAGUAGUAUUUGAAAAUAAUAUGAUCAUCUUUGGAGGAACUGAUAAUCAAUGGAUUAAUGGUGGAAAUAAUUGUAUCUAUUGUUUAGACUUGGAAAAAUUAGAGUGGGCUGUUGCUCCAGAAAAUGCUGAUCAAGACACAACUCUAGUCCCACAAGGAAGGAAGCAACACUCAACAGCAGCUGUUGCCAACAAGAUGUACAUCUUUGGAGGCAUUUCUUCUCAAGUUGGAUCAGAGAGUGUUUUCAACGAUGUAUUUGUUUUUGACAAUGAAACCAAGUUGUGGAGUAAGGUAAUGGUGAAUGGUGAUUCUCCUACCCCUCGAUCUGGUCACACAAUGGUUUACAAUCAGCAAACUGAUAGUUUAGUAAUUUUUGGAGGUAAAGUUGGUGGUUCAUAUUCCAAUGAAGUUUGGUCGCUUUCUCUUUCCGAAUUGAGUUGGACCUCAAUGAGCACCACUGGAAAUAUACCAUGCGGAAGAGAAAAUCAUAGUUCUGUUGUUUGUAAUGAUAGCAUGAUUAUUUAUGGUGGAUGGAACAUUGGAGGCCCAAAGAAUGAUUUAUACUCCCUCAAUUUAGCAACAUUUGAAUGGAAGAAGUAUUCACAUAAUCUCGAGACUGAAAAAGAUUCAAAGAGAUUUGGGCAUGCUAGUGUUUAUCUGGAUGGGUCAGUCUUAAUAUUUGGAGGAAAAAACCAUUUAUUCAAUAACCAAGAAGCCAUUCUCAAAAUCAACAUGAAUAAUUGCGCUGAAGUACCUGUUGAAACUGAAAAACCAAAAGAAAAGAAGGACAUAGAGGAAAUUAUUUUAGAUUUAGAUGAGAAGGAUGUUGUGCUUUACAAGAACAUCUUUGAUCAGCUGACAGAAGAAAACAUCAAGCAAUAUGAAGAAUUGAACACAAUGUUGUUAAAGCAAAAGCUCUUCUCUGCCCAAGUUGAAAGCCUAAUUGAAAGCAAUAGGACCUUAAUGGCCAAGGAAUUUACUACUCCACCAUCCUAUACUGAGAGUUCAGUUCCAAUAAUUUAUUCGGAAGUUGUUGAAACUCCUCAAAGUUAUAAGGAUUUGAUGGGACAAGUGUUCCAACCAGUUGUUGAACAAAAGCAAACUGAACUAAAAGAAGAAGGAAACAAUACUGAUUCAAAUAAUGAAGAAAUCAAGGAAGUUGAGCAAAAACCAAAAUUGCCUGAAGAUAUUCCUGUUAUUGUGGAUUUGCCUUCAAUUCCUGAAUCUCCUCAUAUUUUAGAAGUCGCUGAAGAACCUAUGGUCGAAGAAAAGUUGGAGAAUACAAAUAACAUUGAGGAUAACAAGAUUGAGAAUAAGGAAGAAACCACCGAAACGGCAACCGAAUCAAAUAACCAACGAGAUGAAUAA